GCCAUAAUCUCGAUUCAUCGUAGCAUCCACAAAUCUGAAAUCCAGAAAAAGAAAGAAAGCAAACAAACAAACUCUCCCAAGUCCUCAUAGCCAUGUCUUUCUCAAACACUUUUUUCCUAUCUUCCUUCUUCCCCAGAACUAUUGAUUAUUACUUGGAAAAAAGCAGUAUCAGUAGUGCCAAUCCUCCGGCGCCGGCAAAGCUGAUAAUCACCGGUCUCAAGGGACAACGCACGUCAUCGGCGCCGCCGAAAGCUCAUCCGAAACAAGUCACUCUAAAAGAUCCGAUGAUGAUUCCGGCUACCAGUACUGACUCCACACGCCGCCACGAUGAUAUUAGCAGUGUCAGAAGGCACGCUCAGAAACUAGCAGAAGCCAAGUUCAUUUUCAAGCAAUUAGUGGAGAAAAAUAUUGUAGAAGAAGGAAACUCCUCCAUGAAAAUCUUGAGAAUGAUCGAUGCACUGCAACGUUUAGGCCUCGACCACCACUUCGAGGGAGAGAUCGAGGCAGUGCUGAACCGCCAGUGCGAUAGUGCGAUGACAAAGUAUUCUUCCACCAUCGUUGUUGAUGGUGAUAGUACUCUGAGCCAUGAUCUUGUCAAGACUUCAUUGCGUUUUCGAUUACUAAGACAACAAGGUUAUCGUGCUCCUUCAGAUGUGUUCCAAAACUUCAUAAACAAGGACGGCAAGUUGCAGAGCAAAUCGGAACAAGACAUCAUGGGACUGAUCGAACUUUACGAAGCAUCAUAUUGGGCCACAAAAGAGGAAACCACACUGGUCGAAGCAGGACAAUUCUGUGCCCACUUGUUGGAUUCAGGACGAAGCAGCAGCACUAGAACUUUACAAGCCGCCACUACUGCUUUUGCAGACUACACUGUGAGACAUCCUUCCCACAGAAGCUUACCCAAAUGCCACAUAAGGAACUACCUCAGCAAUUUCCAUGGCGGCUCGACGACCAAGCACUACUAUGAAGACACGCUCGCUGAUCUAGCGAGGUUGGAGUUCAAUAUGAACCAGUCUGUUUGCCUGCAAGAAGUCGUCCAGGUGUCUAAAUGGUGGAAGGAGCUAGGGUUGGCGGAGGAGUUGGAAUUCGCGAGGAACGAACCGAUGAAGUGGUGCAUGUGGCCGUUGACGACGUUGACAGAUUCGAAAUUCUCCGAAGAGAGAGUCGAGCUCGCCAAACCGAUUUCGUUCGUGUACCUCAUUGACGACAUCUUCGAUGUGUACGGGUCACUAGAUGAACUGACUCUCUUUACAGAAAUCGUUGAUAGAUGGGACGUUGCAUCGGCAGACCAAUUGCCCGAUUAUAUGAGGAAAUGCUUUAUGGCUCUCCAUCAGGUCACCAAUGAGAUUGGGUACAAAGUGUACAAAAGACAUGGAUGCAACCAAAUACACUCCCUGCGACAAGCCUGGGCGAAACUUUUCAAGGCAUUUCUAGUGGAAGCCAAGUGGUUCAAAGGAGGAAAGUCCCCAAAUGCGGAAGAGUACUUGAAGAAUGGAAUAGUUAGCUCCGGGGUGCAAGUUGUUCUGCUUCACCUCUUCUUCCUUUUGGGGCAGGGCCUUACACAGAGAAACGAGGACCUCGUUAAUGGCGAUGAUCCUCCGGUGAUCUCUUCCGUUGCCAAAAUUCUCCGACUGUGGGAUGACCUCUCUUCGACGGACGAGGAACAAGAUGGUGAAGACGGAUCUUACAUUAAUUUCUACUUGAUGGAGAAUCCUCAAUCUUCAAUCGAUGAAGCCAAGGUUCAUGUGACGGAUAUGAUUGAAGAGACAUGGAAGCAACUAAACCAUGAAUUUCUAUCUAUAACACCAUUCCCAUUAAUUUUCAACAGGGCAGCCCAUAAUUCUGCAAAAAUGGUGCCUUUGAUGUAUGGAUGCGGGGUUGAUGUUGAUCAAACUCGGAGACUUCCAAAGCUCGAGGAUCACAUCAAGUCCAUGCUCUUUGAAAGCAUUCCCAUGUGAUAUUUACUUUGUUAUAACUUCACAUUGUAGGUUUUUUUUUUUUUUUUUUUACAAAUAACUAGGAAAAAGGUAUAUCAAAACAUUUUCUAUUAUCAGAGCCUGGUUUCGAUCCAGGGACCUGUGGGUUAUGGGCCCACCACGCUUCCGUUGCGCCACUCUGAUCUUGAUGGUUUGAUGACCUUUUCCUUUGGUAUAUAGAAGUUGAGUGAUUUUGGCAUUAGAGGAAGUUUUUUUUAUGUGAAUGACCGUUUCAUUAAUACGAAACACGGUGUACAGAGUUUUUACAACACUGAAAGGAAGGAAAAAACCAAACGAAAAUAAGAUUGAAAACUUCCGGAGGCCUACCAAGGCCCAAAAAACCCUGGUCCAGAAACAACAUGGACAGCCCACCCCUAGUAAACCUAUUUCGCUGACCCAAACACCAUGAGUACGGGCGCUGCUUGCAUCCCCCUCCGCCGAAACCAGCCGCCUUCACUAGAGGAAGUUUCUUUGCUUCAUAAAUAAUUUGAGAAUGAAUCUUUUGUAAUAUU